CCAUCAUUCACUGUACGUAGGUACUUUUGUUAUCAUCACCAGCUGUUUGCAAACCAAAAUACUCAUUGUUAUCAGCAAAUAGAUAGGUUAGACUUGUGGGGUCCCGUUCCCGUGUUGUUCGUUUUUCGUAUUUAUUACAGUUUGAAAGUUUAUUGCUUUUGCACAACCCAUAGAUCUGCAUCCAAUUUUUCGGUAACACUCAGUUCGUAUCCCUCCUUUGCAUGCCUAACCAAUCGUUUUGAUGUCCGCUUUGUUGAAUCGACUACCGCACCGUUUAUCUCAGGGAUUGACUGCGGCUUAUUUUACAGUAAACAGUUGGAGUAUUCGUCGCCGAUCGACAGCAGUGCAAACCACCGACAUGACGCGUAUGACGGUCAAGAAGAUCCCCGCCCUGAAGGACAACUUUAUGUACCUGGUGGUGUGCAACGAAACCAAGAGUGCCGCCAUCGUAGACCCGGUCGAGCCGGACCGGGUGCUCCAGGUGGCCAAAGAAUCCGGCGUCUCGCUGAACAAGGUCCUGACGACUCACCACCACUGGGACCACGCCGGAGGCAAUGCCGAUCUGUUCAAGCGCUACCAGGCCGACAGCUCUCUGGGUCCGCUGCAGAUUUACGGCGGUAACGACGAACGGAUCGACAAUUUAACCAAUCCCGUCGGGCAGGACGACACCCUGGAGAUCGGGAAUCUGAAAGUCCGCUGCAUUUCCACGCCGUGCCACACGACGUCGCACAUCUGCUACUACAUCGAAACCCCGGAAGACAAGGUGGUCUUCACGGGGGACACUCUCUUCCUCGCCGGAUGCGGUCGUUUCUUCGAAGGAACACCCCAGCAAAUGUACGAUGCCCUGAUCACCAAAUUGUCCGCAUUGCCCGACGAUACCAAAGUCUACUGUGGACACGAGUACGCCUUGAAUAAUCUCCGUUUCGGAAAUACGGUUGAACCGGAGAACGUGGACACGCUACAGCUGUUGAACAUUGCCAAGGAGGCCGAUCUGGAGGGUCGUCGGGCGUUGGUGCCUUCGACGAUUGGCCAGGAGAAGCGGACCAACGUGUUUAUGAGGGUGCACGAACCCAGUGUGCAGAAGUUUGUCGGCAAGAGUACCCCGCUGGAGACGAUGCAGGCUCUACGAGCGGCCAAGGAUAAGUUUUGAGGGAGAAUUCAUUGGAACUGAUAAUUUACGUGCAUAAGAUCAGGUGAAGGGAAAUCGUAUUUGGCUUAUAUAAACAAAUGAGAGAUAUUUAAAAAAUAAACGGUAGUUUAUCGCUUCUUUAUUCUA